UUUAUUAUGUCUUAUUUUUUUAAAAACUAUUGAUUAAUGAAAUGCGAAAUCGAAACUCACCACAGUAUUUGAAUUGGAUUCGAUCCGUCAGAUUUGAUUCGAGAGUGCCAGAUCCUGCAAGUUUUACUACAAUAAUAAACAAGAGUUCUGGAACUGACAGAAAGAAUACACAUAUAAUGGCGGAUGAUAAUGCACAGUUAUCAACAAAUGACCGAAAUGAUUCUGGCACUACAAGUCCAUCUGAAGAACAAGAUGUGACUGAAUCUAGAGCUAAAAAAUUCAAAUCAAAUGAAGACGAAGAACCCCUUGAAGAACGGCUACACGGAAUCUUAUGUUGUGCUGUUUGUUUAGAUUUGCCAAAAUCUGCAGUUUAUCAGUGUAGAAAUGGACAUUUGAUGUGCUCUGAAUGCUUUAAUCAUCUUCUUGCUGAUGCACAUUUAAAAUUGGUACCAUCUGUGUGUCCUACUUGCCGAACAGUCAUCAAUAAAGAAGUAUGUGUUCGUAACCUGGUUGUGGAAAAAGCAGUUGCAGAAAUGCCCAUGACAUGCCCAAAUUGCUCAAUGAAAUUUCCUCGUUGCUUACAGGAUGUUCAUGACAAUCAGCUAUGCCAAGAAAGAUAUACAUGGUGUUGCUACUAUCGUAUUGGAUGUCCAUGGGGUGGACCUUUUAAGAAAAAGGCUGAACAUGAGAAAAAAUGUUUACAACCAACGAAGGAUGGCACAGAAAUAAAGCAAGCAAUUCCAAAUAUGUUUUUGCCUGUGAAGUCGAAUGGAAGGAAUCACUUGUGUGAUUACUUAUCAUUUGAAAAGAUUGCAUGCAAUGAUUUGCAGUUUCUUGGACCUUACCGUACAGAUGAAUUUUUUAUUCGAUUUGAAACCUUUCGAUUCUCUGCAUUUAAUAUGGAAUGGGAAGUCAGAGCUCAUGUUAAUAACAAUGAAGUGGAUCCUACUCUUUCUUGUGAAAGAACUUUAAGCUAUGCCUUAUUAUUGAGGGAUUCUGUUGAUAGGACAAUUAACAUGCAUUAUACUGUUGUAAAAGGCCCACUAGGUGAAAUGAAACUGCAUCCUCACAUAGAAGAAUUCAGAUUUAGUGAUACAACUCCUGAAUCACAUUAUGCUUUGCUCCCUCUUGAAGAUUCAUCUGAAUGUUACAAACUUCUUUCUGGGACCAUAAGAUUUAGGCUAAUUAUGUUUUGGGAUGAUACUGCUUAUGUGGAUAAUAAUUUAUAAGUACUGUAUCAUUUUGUUUCGUCAAAGCAUUUCUUAAUUUUUUUUUUGUUAUUGUUGGGUAUUUUGUUAUGUAAAUACAUUUUAUUAAAAUUAUGUUCUUUUUUUCUAAUUCUCAUGUUUGGAAGUAUUGGUGUGUUUUUCUGUGUCUGGAUUUGUAUUUUUUUUUUUUUGUCAUAAAAGAUA